AUGCGUGCGCUCCUCUUCCUCGCCUCGUUAGGCUUUGUGGCCGCCGAGAAUGGCCUCGACGGCUGGUUACGAUAUGCACCAUUACCCUGUUCAGGUCACUGCCAUUCCAGCCUCCCUUCGAGCAUUGCCGUCCUCAAUGCGACUGAGACAAGCCCCGUAUACGUUGCGGGAACAGAGUUACAGAAUGGUCUGAAAGGUGUCUAUGGGAAACAUGUGAAAGUGUCACACACCAAAUGCAAAUCAUCCUCUCUUGUCGUUGGUACACUUGACCAAUAUCGCGAGCAUUGUGGCCCCGUGCAUGGUGUACCUGAAUUGGAAGAAGAUGGCUUCUGGCUCAACACCAAGGGUAAGAACGUUCAGAUCAUUGGACAGAAUGAGAAGGGUGCACUCUACGGCACCUUUGAAUACCUUUCAAUGCUUGCACAGGGCAAUUUCACCAAGGUUUCCUACGCAUCCAAUCCCGCCGCAAAUAUCCGCUGGGUGAAUCAGUGGGAUAACAUGGACGGAAGCAUUGAACGCGGAUUUGGCGGCCCCUCUAUCUUCUUCGAGAAAAACCGGACCGUUGAAGACCUAACUCGCGUUCGCGAAUACGCUCGCCUUUUGGCCUCGGUCAGGAUCAACGCCGUAGUUAUCAACAAUGUCAACGCCAAUCCUAUCAUUUUGACCCCCGAGAACCUCGACGGCGUGGCUCAAAUCGCUGAUGUCUUCCGCCCAUACGGUAUCCAAGUUGGUCUCUCUCUCAACUUCGCGUCUCCUCAGACAUUCGGCGGACUCAGCACUUUCGAUCCCCUUGACGCAUCUGUCAUCGAGUGGUGGUCGAAGAUUACAGCUCAGAUCUACGAGCGGGUCCCCGACAUGGCUGGAUACCUUGUAAAGGCCGAUUCGGAGGGUCAGCCCGGACCCCAGACAUACAACAGGACCCUCGCAGAUGCAGCGAACCUUUUCGCCAAGGAAGUCAAACCCUAUGGUGGCAUUGUGAUGUAUCGUGCAUUUGUCUACAAUCAGCUCGACGAGAAUGUCUGGACGGAUGAUCGUGCAAAGGCUGCUGUUGACUUUUUCAAGAAAUUGGAUGGCGAAUUUGAUGACAACGUCGUCAUUCAGAUCAAGUAUGGCCCUAUUGACUUCCAAGUCCGCGAGCCAGCUUCGCCGUUGUUUGCCAAUCUACCCAAGACGAGCAUGGCCAUUGAACUGCAGGUCACGCAAGAAUACCUCGGACAACAGUCACACUUGGUCUACGUUGCCCCCCUCUGGAAGGAAAUCUUCGACACUGACCUCCGUGUCGACCACAAGCCAUCGCUCGUUCGCGAUAUCAUGACUGGUAAGCGAUUCAACCGCAAGCUGGGUGGAUCCGCGGCUGUCGUCAACGUUGGUACGAACACUACCUGGCUUGGUAGCCAUCUGUCCAUGUCCAAUCUUUACGCCUACGGUCGCUUGGCUUGGAACCCCGCCGACGAUGCCGAGGAAGUUCUGAAAGACUGGAUCAGACUGACCUUCGGCCUGGACCGCAAGGUGGUCGACACUAUCACCCGCAUGUCCAUGGAGUCUUGGCCCGCCUAUGAACAAUACAGCGGAAACUUGGGCAUCCAGACUUUGACCGACAUUCUUUACACUCACUAUGGUCCCAAUCCUGCUUCCCAAGACAACAAUGGCUGGGGCCAAUGGACCCGAGCCGACCACACUUCCAUCGGAAUGGACCGUACCGUCUCAAACGGAACUGGUUACUCCGGUCAGUACCCAGAGGAGGUCGCAGCCAUGUAUGAAAACAUCGAGACAACGCCCGACAAUCUGCUCUUGUGGUUCCACCAUGUCAACUACACUCAUCGUUUGAAAUCUGGAAAGACCGUCAUUCAGCACUUCUACGAUGCACACUACACCGGUGCCGAGACUGCCCAGACCUUCCUCACACAAUGGGAAUCACUGCAUGGCAAGAUUGACACCGAGCGAUUCAACCACGUCCGACGCUUCUUGGACUACCAGGGUGGCCAUUCGAUCGUCUGGAGAGACGCAAUCAAUGACUUCUACUACAAUCUCUCUGGAAUUCCCGAUGAGGCCAAGCGGGUUGGCCACCAUCCAUGGCGCAUCGAAGCUGAGGACAUGAAGCUGCAGGGCUACAAGGCCUACGACGUUACUCCUUUCGAGAUGGCUUCUGGCACCGUCGCUGUUGUCACAACGUCUAACACCACUGCCGGUAUUGCCUCAACCAGAAUCGGCUUUGCCUCUGGCAAGUACGAUCUCGCAGUCAACUACUAUGAUGUUUAUGGUGGUAAAGCAGAGUGGAAGGUUUACCUGAACGAUCGGGAAGUUGGUCAAUGGGUUGGCAAUGGCGAGGACACCUUGAGUCACACGCCUUCUACCCUUUUGGAUGGCCAUUCGGCGUCUCGCGUUACAUUCCGGAACGUCAAGAUCCACAAAGGUGACACUUUGAAGAUUGUUGGCAAGCCUGAUGGAAAUGAGCCGGCUCCAUUGGACUAUGUGUCUCUGUUGCCGGCAGGUAUUGUAGAUUAG